AACGUUUUUGUCUGUCGGGCUCAAUAAUUCGCUUUAGAAAAAUAAAGUGGAAUAUUAUAUCAUUUUUUUACAACCAUAAAAUACGAUUAUGAUUGUAAUCUCUGUAGGAGCCAGAUCUGAUGUAUGGAAAUCGAGAAGAACAGGGUCAAUUAUUGCAACAAGUGUUAACUGCUAGCGACACGGAUGCGGAUGAAGAAAGAAUACCAGGCGAAGGACCAAGACCGAUUGUACGUAAAGCUGGCACGAUGGUAUCAAUGUCAGGAGCAGAUGAUGCUGUUUAUUUCGAAUAUAAGAAAGCCCCUAGCUCAUCGACGGCAAAUAAGCAUCCACUCUUUAAAAAAUUCAGAACAUAAGUAAUAUGAUUUUCUUAACAUUUUCUCAUUACAAGUUAUAUAUAUAAUAAAUAAUAAAUAAACGAUUUUGUUACUGUCAACUGUAUUCUUUAUUCCAUGUAUCGCUUGUAACGAUAAAAGAAAUUUGGACGAAUUAUUAUCGUAA